GGCAGCGAUGAAGUAAAAAGUUAUAGCGAAACGCAGAGCAGCAACAACAGCAAAAACACGGAAAGCAAGACUGGAGAAAGGAGGGUCUUGAAACUCGUUCCUCUGCCUGAUGAGCAUAGUUAGUUGUUGUUAGACGUUAUUGUACUGGCGCAAGCAAGUUGUGAAAAUGGCACCAACAUACGAAAAACCAAGUUUUUCAAGAUAUUUGCGGACCUUUGCGCAACUGGGACCUGUUGUGCCCGAAACCGAUCUUUCGCAGGCUCUUCAGGCUCGAAGAACAUGGAAAGAAAACAGGCGAAAGACUUUAACGCAGCGAGAGCUGCAGAAAUUUCUGAAAAAAUUAUCUCCAGAUUCCAUUAAAACACUACAAAAGCUUAAAGAUGUCGCUAAAGAUAUUGUUGGACCUGAGAGCGGUGAUGAUUUGUUGGAAGAGUCUGUGAUUAUGAUUUUGCAGAUCUUAGUUGGUCAAGAAGUGUUGACUGUAAGUUUGCAGAAGUCGUUGUCUCUCUCAUUUGGUCAAAUAACUCCUGCGCAAGCGAAGAAAGCAUUUCAGACUGUAAAAGAUGUAAUAGCAAACUUGAGCUCGGAACACGUGGAUCAACUGAAAGAAAUCUGCGAUGGCUCCUUUUUCAAGAUAAAGGAAAACACGUCCACCUUUGGCAACAACAUCAAAGUGUCUCCUCCAGAGCCUUGGCCAAUUCCAGAUUUUAGCAGGUUGCUCGAUAUGACUGUUAAAAGGCAGACCAUUCAAGUAGUAGACAACUUUUCUAUGCAGUACAAAACUUCGGCAAUAGAGCAGCGCCAAAAUUAUGGCAUGCAUUGGAUGAUUGAACAAGUGGAGUGCUGGUGUGGAAAAGACUUCAUGGGGGGUUUGCCAAGCGCUGAAGUGGCCAACUCUCUUGCUGAAAUGCUAAGGUCGCACCGUAGCAAUGAUGAACUACAGGAGGAACUCUUGGACAUGCUGGGAUAUGAGAAGAUAGAGCUGGCUCAGGUUCUGCUUGAGAAAAGGACUUUGAUCAAUGAAGACCUGAAGAAUGCAGCUCUGUUCGAAGCUGCCCCGGAAAAGAAGAACAAGCCUCUUAGAGAACCUAAAUAUUCUGCACCCCGAGGACCCCAGCUUGCUUGUCAAGUGACAGUCCAGAGGGAGGAUGAGGUACUAUUGAUGAAGCAAAUCCGCAAAGAGGAGAAAAAGAUGACAAAGGCUGCUCUGAAGAAUGCAGCUGACUCUGAUUCCGACGAUGAGGAGCUGUUCGAUCCAGAGAAAUUGCGUGCAGCAAGAAUCGCGCAGUUAACCGCUGUCCAGAAAAAGGGACUCUUUGGCCCAAAGAAAGUGGUGUUGCCCAACAGGCCAGCCUGGAUGGAUUUGCCCAAUGUCUAUGAUAGUCAAAAUGAAAUACGUCAAUCGGCAGGCUUCAUUUCAAAUAUGAAAAUGUUGCUCCCUGAAAACGUGACAAGGAAGGACACUAAAGAAUAUGAGCAAGUUGACAUACCAAUUUCGAAACCAGCUCCAUUAACUGUUGGUGAGGAUCGGGUCAAAAUUUCCUAUCUAGAUGAAUUGGGCCAAGCUGCAUUUGCUGGAAUUGAAUCGCUUAACAGAAUCCAAAGUGUUGUAUUUGAAACCGCUUACAAUUCCAAUGAGAACCUUUUGAUUUGUGCCCCCACUGGUGCUGGAAAGACCAAUGUCGCUUUGCUCACAGUGAUGAACGUGGUCAAACAGUAUUAUAUUAAUGGCAAGAUCGAUUUGAGGAAAUUUAAGAUUGUGUAUAUUGCGCCAAUGAAAGCCUUGGCGGCUGAAAUGGCUAGAAGCUUUCAAAAGCGGCUGUCUGCAUUUGGAAUGCAAGUGCGAGAGUUAACUGGUGACAUGAACCUGACAAAGAAAGAGAUGGAAGAGACCCAGAUGUUGGUAACCACGCCUGAAAAGUGGGAUGUGGUCUCGAGAAAGGCCAACCCUAGCUCAGAUGUGGAACUCACUGAGAUAGUGAGGUUGAUUAUCAUUGACGAAGUUCACCUUCUUCAUGGUGAUCGAGGUCCUGUCCUUGAGGCCAUCGUAGCUCGUACCUUGCGCAUGGUUGAGACAACCCAAAGAAUGGUCCGCAUUGUCGGUUUGUCAGCUACACUACCAAACUACUUGGACGUUGCGCAGUUCUUGCGAGUCAAUCUGUACAAAGGCCUAUUCUACUUUGACCACAGAUUCAGGCCUGUGCCCCUCAGUAUGUCUUUUGUUGGAAUCAAGGCGCGCAAAGCUCUCCAGCAAAUGAACGACAUGGAUGACGUCUGCUAUGACAAGGUGUUAGAAAUGGUUGAAAAGGGUCACCAAGUGAUGGUAUUCGUGCACGCACGGAAUGCCACUGUCCGCACGGCUCAAAUGCUGCUAAACAAGGCCCAGAUGAAUGGGAAAACGGCGUCUUUUGAGCCUAAGUCGGGGUCCUUGCAGGGCCAGGCUCUCCGGGCGUCAGGCAAACUGCAAAACAAGCAACUUGCUGAACUCAUGCCCAACGGAUUUGGAGUUCACCAUGCUGGAAUGCUGAGGAAAGACAGGAAUCUGGUCGAGCAAUACUUUGCUGAAGGAUACAUUUCAGUUUUGGUGUGCACGGCAACCUUGGCGUGGGGUGUAAACUUGCCUGCGCAUGCCGUCAUCAUCAAAGGCACUGAAAUCUACGAUGCCAAGCACGGAUCCUUUGUCGACUUGGGCAUUUUAGACGUUCUGCAAAUUUUCGGCCGAGCUGGUCGCCCUCAGUUUGACAAGUCGGGCCACGGAUGCAUCAUCACGUCACACGAAAAGUUGAACCAUUACUUGUCACUCUUGACAAAUCAGUAUCCAAUUGAAAGCCAGUUUAUCAAUUGCCUUGCGGAUAAUCUCAAUGCAGAGAUCGUUUUGGGAACAAUCUCAAAUGUCCAAGACGCGAUUGAGUGGCUCAAGUACACCUAUCUCUAUGUGCGCAUGAGGAAGAACCCGUUGUGCUAUGGAGCUACAGUUCAGAUGCUGAAGGAUGAUCCUGAGCUAAAUGAAAGGUGCAAUGAAUUGAUAGUCCUAUGCGCUGACAAGCUCCAGCAAGCUCGAAUGGUGCGAUUCCAUCAUCCUACAGGAAGUUUGGAUGCCACAGAUAUUGGCAGAACAGCCAGUUAUUUCUACAUCAAAUAUGACACAAUGCAAAUGUUUGUCGAGGAAAUGAAUGCAGGGAGCGACAAUAAUAUGAAUGCGUUGAGUGAUGCUGAUAUUUUGACUGUGAUGUCACAUGCUCAAGAAUUUGAGCAGCUCAAGCUUCGAGAUGAAGAAAUGGAUGAGCUUGAUGAACUUUAUGAAAACUACUGCUAUCUUCCAGUCAAAGGUGGACCAGACAACAUUCAUGGAAAGGUGAACGUUCUUUUACAGGCUCACCUUUCCAAAGGAUUCAUCAAGUCGUUCUCUCUGAUUUCUGACAAAUGCUAUGUGACAGACAAUGCAGCAAGAAUUGCAAGGGCUUUGUUUGACUUGGCUCUGAAGCAUGGCGAUGCGAUUUUGUCCAACCGUACUUUGAAGAUUGCCAAGAUGAUGGAAAAACAGCUGUGGGACACUGAACACCCUUUAGCGCAAAUGGAUAGAUUUGGAAUGGAUGUGCUGGAAAAGUUGAAGAAGAGCCACCUGACUCUGGACAGAAUGAGGGAUAUGUCUGCAUCUGAUAUUGGUGCCAUGGUGAGGAAUACAAGACUGGGGCCAGAACUGAAGUAUCAUGUUGAGGCAUUCCCGACAGUUGUCAUUGAUACUGUUGUCCAGCCUAUCACAGCCACAGUUGUAAAAAUUACAGCGACCAUCACGCCAAAAUUCAAGUGGUGUGACCGCAUUCACAAGACUGCUGAAAUUUUCUGGCUGUGGAUUGAAGAUUGCACAACAAGCAGAAUUCAUCACUAUGAAUCAAUCCUCAUCAACAAGAAACAAGUGCGAUUUCAAGAACCAAUCAAAACUACCAUCAUGAUCCCACUCAAUUUGCAAGAGACCAACUACUCUUCCCACACUUGCAUUGUGAGAGUUGUGAGCGACCGUUGGCUUAACGCAGACUACUCACAAUCUUUCAGUUUCAAAGACGUCACCUUCCCAGAUGGCUACUCUGCACAUACAGAUCUUUUGGAUUUGGACCCACUGCCUAUCAGCGCUCUGAACGACCCUAAGCUGGAGAGUUUAUUUGGCGACAACAUUCUUGCAUUCAAUGCGAUCCAAACCCAAGUUUUCCACUGUCUAUACCACACUGAUGAAAAUGUAGUUCUUGGAGCUGCCACUGGCUCCGGCAAAACUGUUGUAGCGGAGCUCGCUAUCUUCCGCGUUUUCAGAGAACAUCCUGGGACCAAGAUCGUGUACAUAGCUCCCUUGAAGGCCUUGGUCCGAGAGAGAAUCAAGGACUGGAAUGAAAAGUUUGUGAAGAAACUCGGGAAGAAAGUAAUUGAGCUGACUGGGGAUUCAAGUCCUGAUGCGGCUGCUAUCGCCUCUGCGGACGUUGUGGUGACAACGCCAGAAAAAUGGGACGGUGUGAGCCGAAGCUGGCAAACGAGGAAUUACGUUAGACAGGUUUCAUUGCUCAUCAUUGACGAAAUUCACCUACUUGGUGAAGAUCGUGGUCCUGUAUUGGAGGUGAUUGUGUCAAGAGCGAGCUACAUCGCGGCUCACUCCCAAGGAGGCGCAACCAACUGCAGAGUCGUUGGUCUUUCCACUGCCCUCGCUAAUGCAGACGAUUUGGCAGCUUGGCUUGGCAUUAGCACUCAGAGAGGUUUAUACAACUUCAGACCCAGUGUACGACCUGUGCCUGUUCAGAUUCAUAUCUCUGGAUUCCCUGGUAAACACUUCUGCCCAAGAAUGGCCACCAUGAACAAGCCAACCUUCCAGGCCAUCAAAACUCAUUCUCCAAACCAACCGGCUUUGGUUUUUGUCGCCUCUCGCCGGCAAACACGAUUGACAGCUAUGGCCCUUCUCCAGUGUCAAGCGUCUGAUCCUGAUAAUUCAAAGGAUUGGCUAGGAAUGUCAGAGGAAGAUGCUUACAACAUUGUUGACUCACUGACAGAUCCUAAUUUAAAACUUCUCAUUCCAUUUGGGAUUGGAAUCCAUCACGCAGGUUUGCCAGACAGAGACAGAAAUAUUAUCGAGGAACUUUUUGUCAACAGAAAAAUCAUGGUUCUGGUCACUACUGCAACUCUUGCGUGGGGUGUCAACUUCCCUGCCCAUUUGGUAGUUGUGAAAGGCACAGAAUACUUUGACGGAAAGAAAAAGCGCUACGAGGACAUGCCUAUCACGGAUGUUCUCCAGAUGAUUGGACGAGCUGGUCGGCCACAGUACGAUCACCAAGCUGUGGCAGUUUUAUUGGUGCAUGAUAUCAAGAAAGCUUUCUACAAAAGAUUCCUACACGAACCAUUCCCUGUUGAGUCAAAACUGCUGGCAGUUCUGCCAGAUCACUUAAAUGCAGAAAUUGUUGCUGGCACAAUUCAGAGCAAGCAGGACGCAAUGGACUACUUGACGUGGACAUUCUUCUUCCGCAGACUGUUAAAGAACCCCACAUUCUAUGGACUGGCUUCAGUUGAAGCAAGUGAAAUCAACAAUUUCCUCUCCGGUCUCAUCGAGAAAACUUUGAACGAGCUGGUGAAUACUGGUUGCGUCACAGUUGCUGAGGAUGGUCGUGGUAUCAUAUCCACUUCCCUUGGCCGAAUCUCGUCCUACUACUACAUAAGUCACAAAACCAUUGCCCUUUUUGACACCAGGCUUCACCCCGAUUGCACACCCUAUGAAAUCAUCCAGCUGCUUAGUAGUGCCACCGAAUAUGAUGAGUUGCCCGUUCGGCACAAUGAAGACAACAUUAAUGGGGAACUUAAUAAGCUUGUCCGCGUCAAGGUAGAAGGCGAGCUGGACGACCCCCAUUUGAAGACAAACAUCCUCAUUCAGUCUUACUUGCUGCACUUGCAGCUGCCUUCUGCCGACUACAACACUGACCUGAAAUCAGUGCUAGACCAAUGCAUCCGUAUUUUGCAAGCCAUGAUGGACGUGAGUGCCGAGAAAGCUCUUCUUAGCACCACCCUCACCAUCCAGAUGGUGCUGCAGUGCGUAAUUCAAGCCAAGUGGCCAGAAAGUGAUCCCCUGUGGCAGAUGCCGUUCAUGAAUGAGCAGCUCUUCCGAGAGAUCGCGGUUAACUUCGCCCCUGAUUUGCCAACGCUAUGUGUCAAGGGCUCACAACAGGCGGACGGUUUGAAGAAAGUCUUGAAGAGUUGCCUACGAGAGGAGGAUGUGGCAAUUUACCAGCAGGUGCUGAAGACCCUGCCUGUUCCUUCCAUCCGGCUUACAAUCACUGGAUACAACCGAGAGUCGCAGUCGAGACAAGCCUGCAUCCCUGUGAUGCUGCCUUGCAACAGUUACAUCCAACUGACUGCGGGCCAAACAUACGUCAUCAGUUUGUGUCCGCGAGGAACGCCGAGAGUCGUCUAUGCUUACGCACCUGAUUUCCCUCGCAAAAAGGACGUUGGCUGGUUUUUGGUUCUUGGAAUGAAUGAUGUGGAUGGAGCAAAGCCAGGAACACUGCUCGGACUGAAAAGGAUUUCUGCAUCUGACAGGAAGACCACCAUUGAGUUUAACACCCCUCAAAAGGCGUGUCUUGGCAUCCUUUCACUCUACAUUAUUUCCAACUGUUACAUGGGGCUAGACCAUCAGUACCAGAUUCCUAUUGCUGUCGUCAAGGAUAAAAUUGAAGAAGAGACAGAUGAGCCGCCUAGGUCCAUGACCCUCCCAAGCAACACCCUGCUGCAAGCUUUUAAGGAUGGACCAGAGAAGGUUAGGUUUUUCGAAUAAUCGCAUUUCCAAAUCCGAAAUAGGGUUGUGGUCAAAUGGAAUCUUUUCAGUGUACAUAAUUUAAUACAAAUUAAACAUGCGUUUUACUUAAAAA